CAAGAACACUAAUCACACAUGGAAAAAGAGUAAGAAAUUCAGUGUUGUGUUGUACAUUAAAGUUUUCGUAUUUCUAUACAGUAUUGUAGAUCUCGAUCUUUGAUGCCUUGUUCCUUCCAUGUGGAAGGGAUGACUACCAGAUAUCUUUAGUGUAUGGAGUAAAUAUUUGUCAAAUAAUUUUCCAUGCUGAUGUGGGUGUCAUAGAAGUAAACUAGCUCGCAGUGAAAAUUAAUAAUAUUUGAAAGUGAGGAUUCCCAUUAUCAAGCUCAAAAUACAUAAGAUAGUAAAAAGAGAAGGAAACGAAAGUUUGGAGGCACAGGAUGGGAGGAGCCUAUAUACUAAUAUAUACUUUUGAAGGUUUAGAGCAUGGAAGAGACUAUGAAGGGCACUGCACGGAGUGUAACUAAUGAUAGAGGAAUGGGUACACAAAACACACAUGUUUGGUGAAUUUCUUCAGAGUUUUGGCCAUUGUGUUGACAACAAUUGUCUUUGCAAAAGUCAUUGUAUUAGGGAAUAUUAAACAAACACUAAGAUUAAACUUAGUUUCUCUUGUGUUAAAAAAGUGUUUCUAACAAGGAUAGAAUCAUGGAAAAUAUUACAUAAAUUUAACUCAAUGUGAACAAUUCCUGGAUGGCAAUAAGUGAUCAGUUGACUUGAUUUUAUCUGCCACUUGAACUCCAAUCCAUCCUCCAAAAUAAUUGAAUGUACAAAAUAUGACCUGUUUUGAAAUAUACUUGUCUCUGUCUCAGAUGAUGUCAUUUUAUGUAAAGAUUUAAAACUGCUACAAAACUACAGAAAACAAAUCCUUGAUUUCAGACCAUCAAUUGCUGUGGAACCUGGUAUUUCCUAAAGGGUUGCUAUGUGACUUAACCUGAUCAGCAUAUGACAAUCACACACCACUCACAUGUCAUCCUGAAAAGCUGGAUGAAGCUAGCCAACCCCAAGCAUCUGGUCUCCAUCCACAAACAGAAAGACAGGUACACUCCAGUGUUCAUGUAUUAUUUGUAUGUACGUUUGCAUUAUCAUUAUUAUUAUUAUACAGAUUAAUUUGUCUUAAAUUUCACGAUGUAUAAGAUAAGGAUAAUGGGUUGGAAAGUUAUAAAUUUUAAUAAUUCACUGUACUGUAGUUUUUUGUAUUAUAUAGAGCCAGUUCCUAUAUAACCAUAAGUUUACCCCCCACCACCCCACCCCUUCUAAGAGAGAGAGAGAGAGAGAGAGAGAGGUCCUGUAGACACCAGCUCCCUGCCAGUAGAGGUGAGCUUGAGUGCUGCUACAUUACACAUCAGUCAUGCUUCAUUGUUUAUAUCUGGGCCAGUGAUAACAUUAACCAACUGUGUUUUGUAUAUUGUUUCUUGUUUGUGUUGCAAAUAUAACGAAAUGCUGGCAUUAAUUUGUUUCAAAAUUUCCAUUUGAAAUAACUGUGGUGAUUCUAGAAAUAUGAAUAUUUCUAUAAUUAUCUGUGUGACUUUAGAUCUUCCUCGUGCAUAUUCAUUUAUAUUAUUUACUUUGGUCCAUUAAAUUAGAUCUCUAUUACCUAACUGAAUUUCAUUUACCCAUGUAUGUUCCCCUCCCUCCCCCUACCCAUUACAAUAAAUUAAAUGAUACAAGAAUCAUCAACUGUGUAAUUAUUGUCAUUUAAUCUUCCCUCUCAAGUGAGGGAUCACGCAAACUCAAUAUUUAAUAUGGCCGACUAAUAUUGUGCAAAGCCGAGAGUGCUCCUUAGAGGUAAAAAUCAGAAUACAACAUUUUUAACACAUUAAAAACAAUUUAUAUAAAUCCACAUAUCUAAAAACACAAAAUAUUUAGACACUGGCCAUCAUGAAAUCCCUGUUUGUGAACCAUCAGCGUCGCCGUUGCCAUGGCAACACCCGCACACAUCACUACACUUCACUCUUGUAGAGUUGUAACAUAAAUUCUGCCCAUUAACCUUGAUAAUGAAACAACUAGGAAGUGGGUUAACCAACAGGAAUUACUGGCAUGUGUCACUUAACCUCUGGGAACCGAGCUAAGUAGCAUAUGCGUUUGAAAACGUUGUACGUUUAGCUAACUAACUAGCAGUGUCACUGAUUACCAUGUGUCACUAAAUCACUGUAGCAUGUUACCAGUGUAGCAAACUAACUAGCAUUCAUCACUUCUCAAUAGCAGGCUAACAAGCCUAUAUGACUAAAUCACGGUGAGGUGGGCCAACUAGCUUAGACUACUAGCACAUAUCACUAAAUCACUAAAGCGGAUUAACUAGCGUGUCACUAAAUCACUUUGAAGAGAUAACUAGCUCGGACUAUUAUCGUGUGUGAUUAAACCUUGAAGCCAGUUUGAUGAAAAACAUGUCACGUUCGGUUAUAUACAAAUAAUGAACAUAACGAGGGGCAACAGCUUGAAACUCAACAAACCACAUUAUAGGGUAGAACAACAGGUGGUUUUUCCAGUGGUUAUAAACCCACGGAACUUCCUACCCGCCGAAGCCAUAAAUUACAAGACAUUACUUCAGUUAAAAAUAAAAAAAAGAGAAAUGGGAGACCUUUGAUAAACCGCUGUCUUUCUGUCCUCGUCGAGGCCACUAGAGAAAUAAUGGUUGUCAGGUAAAUUUCAGACAAAUACAAUUGCGAUAGAAAGCUUCUAACUAAUGCUAAAGGUAUCUACAUGUAUACUUGUAACUCCAAUGUCAUCAAACCUAAACUUGUAAACUGUGCACGCAAUACUCUAAACAUUGAAAGCUAACAAUGGAUGAUAGUAAAGCCCCUAAAGCUAAUGACAAAGCAUCUGGGGCGCCGUCCUUGGCCAGGAGUGGCCUGCAGGCGAGCGGCUCGGCCAUGGCCUCGUCCAGAGCCGAGGUUAUGGCCAGGGCGGCUUGGGCCAAGUUCCAGGUGCCUAAGAAGGUGAAGGUGAAGACCCCGUUCCAGCCUCCCCCUGAGAAGGAUCUGUUCCAGUACACAGGACGGACCGCCAGGCAGCUCCACCAGGAUCUGGUUAAGAGUGGCACCGAGGCGCAGUUAGCGUGCCGUGUGAGGCGGGGCGAGGUCGGUGGGCGGCCUCGUCAGGAACGUGUGGAGGAGCAGCUGGGUCCACCCCGCCGGCGACGCAGCAAGGUCACCCCCACACAGCCACACACCGCAGAUGACUACCUGCUGGCCGUCCGCACCACCGCUCGCGAUAAGAACUUGGCUCGGGUGGCAAAGGUUGAGUCAGAGCGGCUGCAGAAAGAGCUGGAGAGUGAGAAGGCCAUCAACACUGAGCUGGAGUCACAGCUCCAGCAUCACGAGGCUGCACUGCAGGAGUUUCUCCAGCAUCAUUAUCGCCAAGUGACUGAAGCCUUAACAAAAGGUGAAACUGCACGGCGUAACUUAACUGAACAAGAAAUUCGCAUCGACUACUUCUCGGGUCUGUUGGCUGAGGCCAGGACAGUCCAGGAAGAAGAGGAGGAGCGCCUACAGGAGCUCACAGCCUUCCAGCAGUUCUUGGCAGCUGUCACGCCGUCACAUUCUCUCAAGGAUCUCAAGCGGCGCCUACAGGAGGUUCAGGACGAAGUGAAGAUAACUCACGGGGAAGCAGAUGAGGGCAACGAUCCAGCGUCUUCAAAUUCCCUUGAUAUUGCCCUUGCAGCCUCAGUAGCCGCGUCUAGCACCUCUGGAAAUGUGUCUCCCAGUGGUGAAGGAGGAGGAGGAGGGGCAUUAGGAGCUGACCUUAUGUCACUACGCAUGAUGAGGCCAGGGAAGCCCUCGUGUCAGUCACCAACCCGAGCAGGAGACAGACUCUCGCAGACACCUGAAGACACCACAGAGCUCGCCACCAUUCCUCAAGAUGGUCCAGACACGUGUGAUGCCGCAGCCUUUGAUGAGUUCCUGGGUGAUGACGGCCACCUUGUGGACCUUGCCUGUGUGUAUGAGUCUCAGUGCCACGCUCUAUUGGCUCUUCUCACCAGGUUGAGGGCGCAGACAGAGGCCAUCAACAAGGAAGGGGACACCCGGCAGAAGAGACUCGACAGCCGCCUGCAGGAGAUACAGCAGCUGCAGGAGAAGGCUAAAGGCGGAGGACACGAAGAUCAACUACGAGAUCUUCGCACACUUAUAGGGGAAUGGCCGAGAUUAUCAGGCGAUGCCGAGGCCCAGUGCCAACUCGACCAGCUGGUGGCACAGAUUGCGGAAGUUGUGAGUGACGUGUUUGGAUCAAGCGAGUACUCUCCGCUCGUCCCUCCAACCCAGACAGCCACUGUCAGUAAACAACAAGUUCCCAAGACUACAACUCGACCUAAAUCAAAGGACGGCAAGGGGAGCCCCAGCGAGGAACCCAUGCUGGACCCCGUCAGUGAUGGAGCCGCUGUGAGCCACGGGAUGGGCCAGGAGGCGCUGUUAGCGCUCCUGGAGGCCAGAGUCACAGAUCUGUGUGCCCAGCUUGACAACAUUGACCCGGCGCUGAGAGACGCCAUUUUCUUGAACUGUGAACAAACUCGACGAGCUCGUCUUAAAGAGGAGAAGCGGCUAGAGACUGAGAUGAAACGAGCUGAACGCAAGCAGCGACACUUGGAGCGAGCCUUGGCCGAACCCCCGCCUAAACCACUGUGAUCCACGCAGAAUCAAAGCCACUUGGAGCGAGCCUUGGCCGACUACCACCUCGACUCCAGAAGGCAAGAGGUGCCAUAAACAUUUAUGAACUUGGGUCGCCUAGUUGACGUCCUCAAGUAUCAGAGAAUCCACUACUCUAACUUAAAAAAAUCGUACUUGCGAGAAGUGUUAAGGUAACACCGUGAAAACUCGCAGAAAUUGACUCCAUACCAAAAUCCAAAUGGUAAGUUUAUAAUAUACCUAUUAAUCUCGUGCCAUGCACGCAAGAAUUCCCUGCCACAUAAAACAGGUAAAGUAGGGAAAUGGGUUAUAGGAUUUGUUAAAGGACAGAGCACAGCCUACUGUAUAGUUAAUAAUUAAGCUAAUAACACAUCUAAGUACUUUGUUUUUGUUGAGCUUAAAGCAUGGGUGAGCUUACACUUAUGAGUGAGUUUACAUUCAUGGGUGAGCGUUACAAAUCAGUUAAAGCUAGGUAUCAUAUAUGCAAUACUUUCUUAAUCUCUCUUCCCCCCCCCCCCGUCAGUUUAUUU